CCAUCUCUCACUGUUCAUCCUCUAUUUCCAAAUCAUUCUACACUCCAGCAUGAGCGGGGUGGAAGCUCUAGAUGCUAACCCCAACAAACAGGCGCUUCUGUCUUUCAAAUCCACAGUCUCUGACCCUCAAAAUGCUCUCUCAGGUUGGAACUUCACUUCAUCUCACUGCACUUGGUUUGGGGUCACUUGCACUAGGAACAGAACCACUGUCCAAUCUCUCCACCUGCCCGGACUUGGCCUUUCUGGUAUUAUACCUCCACACCUCUUCAACCUCACAUCUCUUCAAGUUUUAGAUCUUUCUAACAACUCCUUCCAAGGCCAGAUCCCUGCUGGGCUCUCUCAUUGUUAUAAUCUCAGAGAGAUCAAUUUAACGAGGAACCAACUUGUUGGCUCCCUUCCAUCUCAAUUAGGCCAUCUGUCUAGACUGAAAUUUAUGGAUGUGUAUGCCAACAAUCUUAGUGGUGCAAUCCCUCCAACUUUUGGAAAUCUCACCUCUCUUACCCAUCUAAACCUAGGAAGAAACAAUUUUCGUGGCGAAAUUCUAAAGGAGUUGGGUAAUCUCCAUAAUCUAGUUUCUCUUCGCCUUUCAGAGAACCAAUUUUCUGGCCAGAUACCGAAUUCACUUUAUAACAUUUCUUCUUUAUCUUUUCUGUCACUAACCCAAAAUCAUCUUGUUGGAAAACUACCAACUGAUAUGGGUCUUGCUCUCCCUAAUCUCAGGCAACUCUUGUUGGCUGAGAACAGCUUUGAAGGAUUGAUACCCAAUUCUUUAAACAAUGCUUCACAAAUUCAGGUCCUUGACCUCACUUCAAAUUUAUUUCAAGGGUCAAUUCCUUUCCUUGGGAACAUGAAUAAACUUAUCAUGCUAAAUCUAGGAACGAAUUAUCUCUCUUCCACCACAGAGCUGAAUCUUCAGGUAUUCAAUUCCCUCACAAACUGUACCCUAUUGGAAAGCCUCACUCUGGAUUCCAACAAACUAGCCGGCGACCUUCCAAGUUCAGUUGCAAAUCUGUCAGCCCAUCUGCAACAUUUUUGCAUUGGAAGCAAUCUCUUUACUGGGAAAUUACCCAGAGGAAUUGACAAGUUUCAGAGCCUCAUAUCCUUGACUAUGGAGAAAAAUCUUUUCACAGAUGAGUUGCCACAUUCUAUAGGAAGACUGAAUAAACUGCAGAGAAUUUCUGUCCACCAGAACAUGUUCUCAGGAGAAAUUCCUAAUAUCUUUGGGAAUCUUACACAAUUGUUUAUGCUCACACUGGGAUACAACCAGUUUUCUGGUAGAAUCCCUGUGAGUAUUGGAGAAUGCCAUCAAUUAAACACUCUGGGUCUGGCCGGGAACAGGCUCAAUGGCAGCAUACCAAGAGAGAUUUGUUCUCUCUCCGGUCUCAGUGAAUUGCGUUUAGCAAAAAAUGCUCUGCAUGGUUCUCUCCCCAUUGAAAUCGGUAGCCUGAAGCAGCUCUCCUUAUUGGAUGUUUCUGACAACCAGUUGUCCGGAAACAUCCCAGAAACAAUUGGUGCCUGCUUAAGUUUGCAAACUCUCAGCAUGGCAAGAAAUGAAAUAAUGGGCUCAAUACCGGAUAAAGUGGGCAAAUUAGUGGCACUGGAGAGCAUGGAUCUUUCUUCUAACAAUCUCUCUGGCCCAAUCCCUGAAGAUUUGGGGAGUCUGAAGGUUUUGCAAAGCUUAAAUUUGUCUUUCAAUGACUUGGAAGGACAAGUUCCGAGGAAUGGGGUGUUCAUUAAUCUUAGCUGGGAUUCUCUCCAAGGAAAUGAUAUGCUUUGUGGAAGUGACCAAGAGGUUGCAGGGAAGCUGAGACUCCAUACAUGUAGUACAAAGAAGAAGAAAAGCAAGCAUUUUGGACUCACCAUCAGCAUUGCAGUUGUGGGCUUCACUUUGUUAAUGUGUGUAAUCUUCUAUUCCAUAUGGGCAUUGGUCUACCGAAGAAGGAAAAAGAAGGGGACCAAGGAAAGUUUCUUUUCCCGUCCUUUCAAGGGGUUUCCUGAAAAGAUGUCUUAUUUUGAAAUCCGGCUAGCAACAAACAGUUUUGCAGCAGAAAAUUUGAUAGGAGAAGGAGGCUUCGGGUCUGUUUAUAAAGGAGUUCUCAGAACUGGUGAAGAUGGAGCCGGCACCACCCUUGCUAUAAAGGUCCUUGACCUGCAGCAGAGCAAAGCUUCUCAGAGUUUCUAUGCAGAAUGUGAAGCUCUGAGGAAUAUUCGGCAUCGGAACCUUGUGAAGGUUAUCACUUCAUGCUCUAGCAUUGAUCACACAGGAGGUGAAUUCAAGGCCUUGGUCAUGGAGUUCAUGUCUAACGGUAGUUUAUACAAUUGGUUGAACCCGGAAGACUCCCAAUCUAGGUCGAGUCUGACCUUAAUCCAGAGACUGAAUAUCGCCAUAGACGUGGCUUCUGCCAUGGAUUACCUGCACCAUGACUGUGACCCACCUAUAGUCCAUUGUGAUUUGAAACCUGGAAAUGUGCUUUUGGAUGAUGAUAUGGCUGCUCAUGUGGGAGACUUUGGAUUGGCAAGGUUUCUUUCUCAAAAUCCAUCACAGAGUGAAAGCAGCACAAUAGGACUAAAGGGCUCAAUUGGCUACAUUGCUCCAGAGUAUGGUUUGGGUGGAAAAGCUUCAACAAAUGGAGAUGUCUACAGUUUUGGAAUUCUGCUGCUUGAGAUAUUCACAGCAAGGAAGCCCACUGAUGAGAUCUUUCAGCAAGGUCUAAACCAGAAAAAGUAUGCAUUGGCAGUGCAAGCAAAUCAAGUUUCAGAAAUUGUUGAUCCUGGGAUUUUCAGUCAUUCUAAUUCUUCGGAGCUUAGCCCCUUUAUCAGUUCCUCUGGAAGCAGCAACCACAGCAGCACAAGCAGUACCAUCAGCGUCGGGCGAAAUAAAAAUGAAGAGCGCUUGGCAGCCAUAAUAAGAGUUGGUUUGUGUUGUGCCGAUCAUUCCCCUAGUGACCGUUUAACUAUGAGAGAAACUUUAACCAAGUUGCAAGAGAUAAGAAAAUUUCUGCUGGAGCUGUGAGGCUCUUCAUCCCUCCCAUUCUGUCUUCAAUAAUUAUCUUGCAGACAUAGUUUUAUUACAUAUUUGUCUGUUGUUGUAUGAAUGCUCUAAGUUUCUGGAGCUACAAUUUAAUCUGAUUGUGACUCUUUGAUG